UUGCUAUCUGCGCGCGCGCGUGUGCCAGUGUGACAGCGCCGUGGCGGUGGCCGUGGCCGUGGGGCGCGCGGGGACCGCCCGGGGUGCCCGCUCCGCUCAGCGUCGCGGCCGCGUGGCCCGGCGGAGCCCCGAGACCACCCCCGGGCAGGGCGCCGCCGCGAUGUCGGUGGCGGGGCUCAAAAAGCAGUUCCACAAAGCCAGCCAGCUGUUUAGUGAAAAAAUAAGUGGUGCCGAAGGAACGAAGCUAGAUGAAGUAUUUAUGGACAUGGAGAAGAAAGUAGAUAUUACCGGUAAGGCUGUUGCAGAAAUCCUUUCCAAAGCCACAGAGUAUCUCCAGCCCAAUCCAGCAUACAGAGCUAAGCUGGGAAUGCUGAACACUAUGUCGAAGAUCCGUGGGCAGGUGAAGGCCACCGGCUACCCACAAACAGAAGGCUUGCUGGGGGACUGCAUGCUGAAGUAUGGCAGGGAGCUCGGAGAAGAAUCUGCUUUUGGCAACGCAUUGAUAGAAGUUGGUGAAUCCAUGAAACGCAUGGCCGAGGUGAAAGAUUCUCUAGAUAUUAAUGUGAAGCAAACUUUUAUUGACCCACUGCAGCUACUGCAAGACAAAGACUUAAAGGAGAUUGGGCAUCAUCUAAGAAAGCUGGAAGGCCGCCGCCUGGAUUAUGACUAUAAAAGGAGGCGAGUAGGUAAGAUACCCGAGGAAGAAAUCCGGCAGGCAAUAGAAAAGUUUGAAGAGUCGAAGGAGCUGGCUGAAAGAAGCAUGUUUAAUUUUUUAGAGAAUGAUAUAGAGCAAGUCAGCCAGCUGGCCGUGUUUGUAGAGGCAGCAUUAGACUAUCACAGACAGUCCACAGAGAUCCUCCAGGAGCUGCAGAAAAAGCUAGCGAUACGAAUAGCGUACUCCUCCUCAAUCCCCAAGCGAGAAUACCAUACCAAGCCCGUGAUUGCGGCGAGUUCUAGCGACCUCAAUGGAGUCUCCAGCAGCACUUCCUCAAAGAUAUCAGGUACUCACAUUCCUGAGGAUCAACCCUGCUGUCGUGGUCUCUAUGACUUUGAGCCAGAAAACGAAGGAGAAUUAGGAUUUAAAGAAGGGGCCAUCAUCACAUUAACUAAUCAGAUAGAUGAAAACUGGUACGAAGGGGUGUUAGAUGGGGAAUCCGGCUACUUCCCCAUUAAUUACGUGGAAGUCAUCGUGCCUUUACCUCGGUAAAUGUGUCUUUUGGACCUAAUUUCCUAACUGAAAUGAAUGUGCACCAGUGUUCUCUCAGUGUGGUGUUCUGUGGCAUCCUCACUCUCUGGCCCAUUUAAUCACUUUUGUAUGUGUGUUUUCUUUAUAAUGUAUUUUGUAUCAAUUUAAUUUGUAUAACUGAUUUCUUUGUCCUAACUUAUAAAGAUAGUUUUCUUCUUGUUCUAAAAAGUCAUUGGUUCAAUGUAUUUGCUUCCUGUUGCUAAAAAAAAAAAAAGUAAAUUGCGCCCACUACAGAUAUGUGAACAAAUGGCCUUUGUAGUCCUUAGCUGCAGUGGAAUGCACCCUUUGCAGCCGAGAAAGCUAAAGCUUCUGUUCCUUGAGAUUUUGAUGGCAUCCAGUCUUUUCCUGUUUUAAGCUACCUGUGAACAGCCCAAUAAACAAGACACACUGUGUUCGUAAAGAC